GUCAACCCGAGGAAGUGGCAGGUGAGAAGAGAGACCAGCCUCUGAGGAACCUCCUUAAUAAUAUCAGCAUGGCAGAAGAGUGGGGGAAGCCAGUGUUCGCUGCCAGGCGCUAUCACGAAGACACGACACGAGGUUCUGCUUUUGUUUACACAAACAGCAACCACACCAGAGAUCCCUUCGAGGGUCCUAACUACCACAUUGCUCCUCGGUGGGUUUACAACGUGGCAACAUGUUGGAUGUUUUUCGUGGUCAUCGCAUCGGUCUUCACCAACGGUCUUGUCUUAGUGGCCACAGCAAAGUUCAAGAAGCUGCGUCAUCCUCUCAACUGGAUCUUGGUCAAUCUUGCUGUUGCUGAUCUUGGGGAGACAGUAUUUGCGAGCACCAUCAGUGUGUGCAACCAGUUUUUUGGUUACUUUAUCCUCGGACACCCAAUGUGCAUCUUCGAGGGCUACACUGUCUCAGUUUGUGGAAUUACUGCUUUAUGGUCUCUCACUAUUAUCUCCUGGGAGAGAUGGAUUGUUGUGUGCAAACCUUUCGGAAACGUUAAAUUUGAUGCUAAGUGGGCCUCAGCUGGAAUUAUUUUCUCCUGGAUUUGGUCUGCAGUUUGGUGUGCUCCCCCUAUUUUUGGAUGGAGCAGGUACUGGCCUCAUGGACUGAAGACUUCUUGUGGACCUGAUGUGUUCAGUGGAAGUGAGGAUCCCGGCGUCCAGUCCUACAUGAUUGUCCUGAUGAUCACAUGUUGCUUAAUUCCACUUGCAAUCAUCAUCCUGUGCUAUUUGGCGGUCUGGUGGGCAAUCCACAGCGUCGCAAUGCAGCAGAAGGAAUCGGAGUCCACACAGAAAGCUGAGAAGGACGUGUCCAGGAUGGUUGUCGUCAUGAUCUUAGCCUACAUUUUCUGCUGGGGUCCCUACACGUUCUUCGCCUGCUUUGCUGCGGCCAACCCUGGAUAUGCCUUCCACCCUCUUGCAGCAGCUAUGCCUGCCUACUUUGCCAAGAGCGCCACCAUCUACAACCCAAUCAUCUAUGUAUUCAUGAACAGACAGUUCCGGACAUGCAUCAUGCAGCUCUUUGGCAAGCAGGUAGAUGACGCAUCGGAGGUGUCCACAUCAAAGACAGAAGUCUCAUCUGUGUCUCCAGAAUAAUCCUCCUUUUUGCACAAAAUGUCACAGUUUUGACCUCUCGUGUAAAUAUGUAGAACAUUUUCUUCAGCUAGUUUUCUUGCAAACAUGAUAAAAAAAGACCAAACAAAAAAAUAAAAGCAAAUGAUAAAAUGA